AUGCACGUCGCAACGGAAUGGACGAGUGUCGUCAUGUUUGCAAUGCUAGGCGUCAUCAUGAUCACCCGGUUAUAUGCCAUGUAUCAGCGAUCUAGAACGGUGGUGAUACUUCUCAUUGUCGUCUUACUAGCUGUCACCAUCGCCAAUGGAGUGAUCAACGAAAUAGUAACUAGGCAUACCUCAGGGGAGAUACUCACCACCGUAUGGGAGGUCCUCGCGCUGUGUCUCGCAGUCCGGAUUGCUGUAAAACAUUUCCGUGAACAGCGACUGCGACGAUCGUCUGCAGGAGGGAUUAUCGGGGACUGUUUCAAGGUGUUGAUGAAAUCUCAC